AUGCUUAUGCUUGGGGAAUGUGAGAAGCUGCUCGGCGAUGGUCUUCUCCGCCUACCCAAAAAACACAACUACCGCUAUGGUCCCGCCGCCGAAAGAGACCUGCUAGAGCUCCUUUUCCGGUCGCUUGUCGGACACAAUAACGACCUCGUGCACCAGUUGUUUCCAGAAGGCCCUCCGGCAGGACCAUGGAAGCUGGCAGAAGCCCGAGGCGCCCGGGAAGGAGCUGAGUACAGUGAGGCAGCGCGGGGCAAGCGCUGCGGGCAUAUCUUCCGUGCUGGAGAAGCCACAUACCGAUGUGUGACUUGUGCUGCAGACGAUACCUGCGUGUUGUGCAGUCGAUGCUUCGAUUCGUCCGAUCACACCGGACACCAAUAUCAGAUCUCACUUUCUUCCGGGAACUGUGGCUGCUGUGAUUGUGGUGAUGACGAGGCAUGGCGUCUCCCGCUUUUCUGUGCAAUUCACACGGAUAGUGGAAAUGCCAAAGGUAAGGAGCGAGCGCAGCGAGAAUUGCCGUCCGAGCUCGUGGCUUCGAUUCGCUUGACUAUCUCCCGUGCGCUCGAUUACUUUUGUGAUGUCAUCUCCUGCUCCCCGGAACAAUUGCGGCUGCCCAAGACUGCCGAAGGCAUUAGGCAGGAUGAAGAGGCUUCCCGACUGCGCCCGAGCUGGUAUGGUGCGGGCGAUGAAGAAGAAGAAGAGCCUGAAUUCGCCGUCCUGCUGUGGAAUGACGAAAAGCAUACAAUUCGUGAUGUCUCCCACCAAGUCACGCGUGCUUGUCGCGAACGAGAUAGCUUUGGCGUUGCCCGAGCCCAUGAGACCAAUGACAUUGGCCGCAGCGUGAUCAAGUAUUCGAAGGAUCUAAACAGACUACUGGGUGUCUCUAAGAUAAUCGAGGAAAUUAAGGUCACCGUCACAGUGCGCUCUGCCCGUGAUACUUUCCGCGAGCAAAUGUGCGCAACCAUAGUGGAAUGGUUUGCUGACAUUGCUGGCUGCGAGAUUCUCGAAGACAAUGAAAUUUUCAGACAAAUCAUCUGCGAGGAAAUGCUUAGUCCCUGGAAGAAGGGCAGUGAUGGUUACAACGAAGACAUCGGCAUGAAGGGCAUCGAUGACCAUCAAAGAACCGAGAACCUUCCAGGCCGUACACUCAUGAUCAAUUUGCCUAACCAUGGCCAGGUCAUCUUGACCGCGGACGACGACGAAGACGAUAUUCUUGAUGAUGAUGUUAUUGACGGAGAUGACGAUGAAGAUGAAGACUAUGUCGAGGCUCACGAUGCCGAUGACGAGGAUGAUUACGAGAUGGAUAUCGAACUUACCCGUGAUCAAGAUGAGGACGAAGAUAUGGACUUGGCUGGUGCAGAUGAGGAACUUGCCCUAGCCGAGCGUAUUCUUGCCGGACUCAAUGGCACUCAGCCCCCACUUCCUCGCCCGGCACAGGUUCAACCAGCAGAUCGGUCUUCCGUGGAUCGAGACCGAUCCGGAUCACAAAGUCCUAGUCCUGAAUCCGGUCCCACCGGCUACAUCCCCAUUCCCAAAACACCUGGAUCGAGCAGGCAGAGACCAUCGCGCACAGAAAGCCACUGGCAAGUUCAGCCACCAGUCCCCGCCCCGGGUGAGAAGGUGCCUCCAUACGAGGACUUGUGGCACCGUACUCGUCUAGACUGGUUGGUGCUCUAUGACCUGAGAUUAUGGAAGAAGACGCGAACGGACUUGCGCGAUCUAUAUAUCAGCACUGUGGUCAAUGUUCCUCAGUUCAAGCGUAUCAUGGGCUUGCGGUUGUCUGCAUUGUAUACGGCGCUGGCCCAACUAUAUCUAAUUGCGGAUCGAGAACCGGACCACUCGAUUGUCAACCUUUCAUUGCAACUUCUCACAACCCCAUCCAUCACAGAAGAGAUUGUGCUCCGAGGCAAUUUCCUCACAAAGGUGAUGUCUAUUCUCUACACCUUCUUGACAACGAGGCAAGUCGGUGAACCACAAUCCGUCAACCCCAGCGCAACAUUAGCAUUUGAUGCUGGCUCCGUCACGAACAGACGCCUCUACCAUUUCUUCCUUGACCUCCGAUACCUUCUCCAGUCCGAAUAUGUCCAGCAUCGUGUGCGCACGGAAGAGCAAUAUCUUCCUCAAUUCCUUGACCUUGUCAAGCUAUCACAGGGUAUUUGCCCUAAUGUUCGCGCUGUUGGUGAACACGUCGAAUAUGAAACGGACGCUUGGAUCAGUGCUUCAAUUCUCAUGCGGGAGAUCAACCGACUCUGCCGCCAAUUCUGUGAGUCUUUCCGCAAUCCUGAGAUCGACAACGGCAACAAUCUGUUGAGGGCCAUCGAGACCACUACUAUCACUGCCAUUAUGCAUUCAACUGGCAUUGAACGCAAGCGAUUCGACCAAGCAGAAAUCAAGGACGAAUUGAAAUUCAAGCUGCUGGCACCUUUCGACUUUGAAAUCGGUGCCUCUGGCCAAAUUCCUUGCCACCGUGUAGUUGAGUUCGUGGUUGAACGUGGAUCCAUCAGUUUCCACCAUGCCCUUCACUACACACUGUCAUGGCUUGUUGAAUGCGGAAGAAAUAUCAGCAGUGAAACCAUGCGCGACGUUCUCUUCGACGCUGCCAAUGUAGCGAGAGACCAAAUCCAUGCCACCAAGGUCGCUAAACCGAACAGUAUUGAUGAUGCUUUGCUUACUCUUGGGCCGGAGGAUCUGCUUUUGGCUAUGUUCGACUACCCACUUCGGGUGUGCGCUUGGCUGGCGCAAAUGAAGGCUGGCAUGUGGGUUCGCAAUGGUCUCAGUCUUCGUCAUCAAAUGUCUCAAUAUCGCGGAGUCUCCUCUCGUGACUUUGCCUACUAUAGAGACAUCUUCCUUCUCCAGACUGCCAUGGUGACUUGCGAUCCUAGCAGGGUUCUUGCUUCCAUUGCACACCGAUUUGGCAUGGUUGACUGGAUGGCUCGAAACUAUUUGCCCCGUCCGGGCUACGAAGAUGCCCAGAUUGUGGAUGUGGCAGAAGAAUUUGUCCAUUUGCUGGUGAUUUUGUUGACAGACCGAACCUCGUUGACUGCCAUUGAUGACAGCACUCACCUCACUCACGAAAAUAUCAAACGCGACAUUGCACAUGUUUUGUGCUUCAAGCCGCUCUCUUUCUCUGACCUCUCGACUCGUCUUAGUGACAAGCUUCUAGACUCGGACAUGUUCCAAGAUGUAUUGGAAGAGGUCGCGAACUUCCGUCCGCCCGAGGGCUUGAGCGACUCCGGUACCUUCGAAUUGAAGCCCGAACAUAUCGAUCUCAUUGAUCCAUAUAGUGCGCAUUAUACAAAGAACCAACGGGACGAAGCAGAGAAUAUUUAUAAGGAAUGGAUGGCCAAGAAAACAGGCAAGACUGCCUCAGACAUUGUCUUCGAGCCAAAACUUCGACCCAUCAGCUUUGGCGUCUUCUCCGAUCUACCCCGAUUCGCCGGAACCAUGCUGUUCGCACAGAUUGUACACCAAUGCUUGGAAUAUGUCAUCUCAUCGAAAGAGUGCACACCAACUAUCCCACCUACACGUGUGGAAACUUUCCUCCAAGUCAUUCUACACCUUAUAUUGGCAGCCGUACUAGAAGAUGAUUCUGAAGAAACCGAUAUGGUAGAAGAGCAUUCCAAUUCAUUCAACUGGAAUGCCUUGUCAAAGACCCGAGAGAUCAAGGCGGGUCACUUGACUAUUGUCGGUCUAUUGGAAAGGAUAUCUGUCACCCCCGAAUUCACCGCAUCUGGCCCUAAAAUACGACACAUCCUCAAACGUCUGUGGCAAAAGCGCCCUCGCACUUACUCGUCCGAAACUGCGUCUCUCAAAUUCCCCUUCGAUCGAAUUGACACCAACUCUCCUGCAAUUGACGCCGACAAUGACAAGGAGGUCAAGAAGAAGCAGGCUCUGGAGAGACAAGCCAAGGUGAUGGCUCAAUUCCAGCAACAGCAGCAGCAAUUCUUGAACACCCAAGGCAACAUUGAUUGGGGCGAUGAAGAUUUCAGCGAUCUCGAGUCCGACACAGACGUUGCCCCCGAAAAGAAGGUCUGGAAGUAUCCUAGUGGAACUUGUAUAUUGUGCCAAGAGGAGACCAACGACUCAAGGCUCUAUGGUACUUUUGCCUUGGUUCAAGACAGCACAAUUUUGCGACAGACCGAUAUCAGAGACUCCGAUAGGAUUCGAGAGGUGCUCAAGACACCCUCGAGUUUGGACAGAUCUGCUGAAGAAGUGCGUCCAUUCGGUGUGUCCGGAGAGAAUCAUACAACCAUCAAGCGUCUUGACUCCUCCGGCGGUGAAGUCAUCAGCGAAAAGGUCGGACUGAGCAAAGGAUUCAACGCGAAGAGUACUCUUCGCGGUCCCGUGACUACUGGCUGUGGGCACAUUAUGCACUACUCUUGCUUUGAGCAGUACUACGGAGCAACGCAGCGGCGACACACCCAACAGAUUGCACGCAAUCAUCCUGAGAACACCAAUCUCAAGGAGUUUGUGUGUCCUCUAUGCAAGGCUCUUGGAAAUGCAUUCUUCCCUAUCACCUGGAAGGGCAAGGAGGAGUCUCCCCUUGUUCCACUCGGUCCCUCCGAAUCUUUCGAACAGUGGAUGCAAUCUGGGCUCAAGCAUGCCCUAACCCAGCAGCACAACUUCCCGGUUCUGAUGGAGAAAGAGAAGGCCUAUCCUCAGGUAUACAACGAUAUAUUCAUCGACUACCUCUCUAAGACCCUAGUUCCCCCUCUCUCAACUAAGAUUGAUCAACUGAUGGCCUCGUCUUUCCCGGCAACUGCUACUGCUCAAUACAUUGCCUCGAGUCGUCUGCCCAUGCCUGGAAUCUUCCCUGCUACCGAAGAUCACGCGCCUUCCAGCCCACUUCAACAGGUGUCCAGUCCCUCGGACAGCCCUAUGUCGGAACUGCUUGAGAUCUACAGGCGGCUCAAGAAGACGAUCAAUAUAAACCACGUCAAUUCGACAUUCAAUAACACUUCCGAAGCGAAUAACAAUGACGAUCUUGUACAUACUGAUUCUUUGAUCCGCAGCUUUGGUUUCAGUAUCGCUGCAGUGGAGAUCGCGCAGCGUGGUGUUGAAUCAGAGCCUGGCUCGACCUUGCUCGACAAGAUUCCUCCCUUGAUGCUCACCCAUCUGCGUGUGCUCUCGGAGACAGCAUUGACAUAUGCUGCUGUUGGGUGCCUUCAAUCAGCGGGGCCAUCAAAGAGUCGUCCUGUAAAUGAGUUCCAGGAGAUGCACCGUCAAAAGAUUUGUCAACUACUUGUCGGACACCCUUGUUUGGGAGGCACACCUUUGCUUAAUGAUGUUCGCAACAUUGAGCCUCUUCUCGCCGUGGAUACAUUUGUGUUCCUCGCAGAGUCUUCGUUGUCACUGCUUCCAGUCCUUAACAUUGACAUCCGUCACCUCGUGCGGAUGUGCUUCGUUGCUGAGAUUGUUAAGGUCGCUGUCACUUUCAUCCUUUGGCCACUAGGCUUGAAGGAGGAACUCGCCAGUCAUCCCGAGGACCAUUCUCUCUCUGAUAUAACUGAAGAGCAAUUCGUGGUGACCAAGCAGUUCUUCGACUCCAUCGUUGCUGAGCUCAAGGCUAACUCGGUCGGUCGUGCUGAAGGCUCCUCAUUCCCUGCUGAGAGUGGCUACGUGAAGGAUGGAGAGGAAACCGCCACCCCGAGCAUCAUUACUGCCGUCCGGCGCCUAAUCACAAGCUAUGGUUUGGCAUUCCUGCGCAAGGCAGUCAUUCUUCUUCACGUCCAGCACGGUGUUGAGUUCCCCAAUACAGGAUUCGCCGAUGUGGAGGCAUCUGAGCUUGAGCGUUUGACCAAAGCACUUCAAUUACCCUCGAUUGAUGAGAUUCUCAUGUCUAUCAAGCCCGCGCGCGAGACCAACAGUUCCUUUGACGCCGUUAUUUCAGGAUGGAUCUUCCACUGGAAUGCCUCGCGCUCAGGAAUUCGGUUCGAAGACCACCGACUCUGGCCCAGUCUGUCGCACCCUGCUAUCUUCGAGCUUGUCGGCCUGCCCGAGUACUUCGACAGCCUCAUCGAAGAGGCAAACCGACGCCGUUGCCCGAAUUCCAAGAAGGAGCUUACCGAUCCCAGCAUCUGUCUGUUCUGUGGGGACAUUUUCUGCUCACAGGCAGUAUGCUGCAUGAGCAAUAAGCUUGGAGGCUGCAACCAGCAUCUUCAAAAAUGCGGCAAGAACAUCGGUCUUUUCAUCAACAUUCGCAAGUGUACGGUUCUCUACCUACACAACACGAAUGGAUCCUGGCACUACGCUCCCUAUCUCGACCGUCACGGCGAAGUCGACCCCGGUCUCCGCCGUAACCGCCAACUCAUCCUCAACCAGAAGCGGUACGACCGGCUCCUGCGUGAUGUCUGGCUGUCACACUCGAUUCCUGCGACUAUCAGUCGCAAGCUGGAAUCGGAGAUUAACAACGGUGGCUGGGAGACUAUUUAA